CACUUCACUGAUACAUCCCAACCUCGUUCACAUUCUCUCCCCCUCCUUCACACCCCCCUCUCUCAAACACACACACCCUUCCCUCACUCACACCCUAAACCCGCAGUAAUUAAUAUUUUUCGACUUCUUCCCACUCACCAGUAAUAAAUCUUCUGUGUAAUUGAAGAUCCCCGACCCAUCUCUAGAAUUUAACACUUGUGGAGAGACAAACCCUGUGUGUUUCGUCCCUUCUCUUAUUCCGUUCCGGGCACCUCUGGAGAGUCAGCCAGCAGAGGGCGAGGGAAAGGAAUGGACUGGGACUAAGCUUUAAUUUUGGCAUCAGACACCAGCCUGUGCUAAAAUGAUUAACCGAGUUCCAGUUGCAUUGAUUGCCUGCGGCUCCUUCAACCCUAUCACAAAUAUGCACAUGCGAAUGUUCGAACUUGCUAGAGAUCAUCUUCAUCAAACAGGACUGUAUAAAGUUAUCAAGGGCAUCAUUUCCCCAGUUAAUGACAAAUAUGGCAAAAAAGGAUUGGUGGCAGCAAAGCACCGUGUUGCAAUGGUUCAGCGUGCUCUGGAGACGUCAGACUGGAUUACUCAGGACCCAUGGGAGAGUCAGCAAGAACAAUGGGUGGAGACUGUAAUGGUACUGAGGCACCAUUACAAUGUGUUGUUUCACCAAUAUCACACGAAGAAUGGAACGUCUGCAGAAAGCUCACAAGCUCUAAAACAGGCAGAUUUGUCCAAUGCUCAGUCAGUUGUGCCAAAGCUAAAAUUACUUUGUGGAGCGGAUGUUUUGAAAACCUUUGACAAUCUCAAUCUAUGGAAGGAUGAACACAUUGAGGAAAUAGUUCAGAAAUUUGGUCUGGUUUGUAUUAGCCGUGGGGAUGUAGAUCCACAGAAGUUUAUUUACGAAUCAGAUAUUCUCUUUAAAUAUCGGCACAAUAUCCAUGUGGUGAGGGAAUGGGUGCUGAAUGAUUUAAGUGCCACUCACAUAAGACGUGCUUUACGUAGAGGAUGCAGUGUGAAAUACCUACUCCCAGAAAGUGUCAUUGACUACAUCCAACAACACAAUAUAUAUACUGCCGAAAGUGAACUGCAGAAUAUUAAUGAGAUUCUGCAGCCAUUAAAAGCUCAGCACAGCAUGAUAAAUGUGUUAAAUGAUUAAAGUGUAAUUGAUAGUUUAGUUUGUUGGAGGCAACAAAUAUUUUGUAAUUUGUAACAAAAAAUGCUGUUUGAAAAUGUCAUAAUGGUGUGGAAGAAAUGAGUUCACGUUUUAACUGUAUUUCUCUAUUACCACCUGAAAGCAAUGAUUAAAUUUUAUUGGGUUUAAUUAAUGAGGCAUUUUCCAAUAUUGAAUUAAAGUCAAUGGAGAUAAAGAAUUGCAGCAGAGAGAAUGCUGGUUUGACCUAGAGGAU